AUGACUAUCCCGUGCGGGUCUUCACCCCAGCCUUUGGGCCGGUGCUCCCGGAAUCCUCAGAGGUGGCUUGCAGUUUUCCACGAGCCCCGGCACUGGGCAAAGCUGCUCUCUGCCGUGCACUAUCAACUGGAUGCCGAGGAACCAAGAAAGGAGUCGGAGCAGGACUGGCCGUGGAGGCAGGAGGCAAGUCGUCAGGGCGGAGAGCGGGAAGUGCGCUUCAGGCCCAGUGAAGCAGACAGCGUAGUAAAUGCCGCUGAGGACCUGAUGAAGAUGCAGUCAACGAGUGGCCACAGAAUUGGCAACGUGGAGCUUGUCGGAGGUGGUCGUGACAACGAUAUCCAUGCAGUGGUGGGUACAGAAGGCAAAUGGCUGGUUAAAUGA